UAGAAGAGGGCAAGCUACCUAAUGUUCUAGACGUACGAUGUAACUACGUAUUAUCUCACCUACCCGAUUCAUCAAGCCGGUCUAGGCUAGUAUUGCUAGUUGUCGAUCGAAAAGUACCUGGCAUGCUAUGUAGUACUAGCCCUGAAUCCUUUCCGCUGCAACGUCCUCUCUAGACCUUAGGUCUGAAGGAGUAGAAGUCUUGAUUCUUACGGGCCCUGCAUGCACAUGAAUGAAAGCGUUGGUAGAUCAGGAUUACUUGCUCCAGGCUUCACCCUAAUCGAUCCAUUGGGGUAUAUUUUACCCCUGCACAUAUAUCUAUCAUCUACACACUUAGGUUAGUGGCUUACCAGAUACGACUUAAUACCUAGGUUAGAUCUCAUCAGUCCUAUUUCUCAUAAUUCUCUCGUUUCUCGAAUCUCAUUUUUAUAUUUUCCUCUCUUUAGCUCUUUCUAUUAUUUUACGUUGUUUAUGUUUAUUUAGAUUUUGUCCUCCUUCUAUCGUCUGUACUUGGGUAUUGGCACGACAAUGGCUAUUAUUAUCACAUGCUAGCUUUCUCUCAACAAAUCAUAAUCUAAGCGGACCCCGACGAGCCUUCGCGCUCCCUUACGAUAAUGGCUACGAAAUUCACAUCCUUCCUUUGCCUAUCGAUAUGGCUGCUUGCAGGACAAGUGUCAUGUGGCUCCAUUGCAGCGUGGUGGAAUACAAGGGCUCCCAGCUUUAUUAUGCAGGACGAUGAUACUGGCGGCAUACGAUAUAGUCUCUGCAACGGCAACUACACACCAAUAUUUCCAGACGACAAGACGCUCAUAGCUCCCUUCAAAGAACACCAGCCGAAAAACAAAACAGGCCUGUCCGCAACCGGGUGGAUGGAUGGCGAAACUGCUCGGGCAUCAAUUUUCUACAUGGAUAAUAACGAUGAUAUUGUCAAUGCGCUCCUGGAAUGCGAUUGGAAUACGGGACAUUGGGAAAAUGCGGGCGAGUACGUUGUCUCCGGAGGAGCUCCUAAGGUAGCGCCAGACUCGGGAUUAUCAGCUGUGCUGCUUGGAUCAACGGAAGGAUACCGAGUAUAUUACAAUGACCUCGAAGGGACUCUUCACGCAAUCGGAUACACACCCAGCACGACAUGGUCUUAUUAUGGUGUAAUCUCCCAUGACGCAGCCUCUUCCCAGGCUAUUGGGUCUACCUUCUCCUCUAACGGCAAUAUCUCAGUCGUGAGGCCUAGAGAUGGCGAGAAUAUGGGAGUGUCACAAUUUGAUAAUGGUGACAUGUGGCAUAUAUCAACCUUCCCACAGUCAUUAACACAGACGGGGAACCACUCAACCAACGCAACAAAAGCGUCCGACCUCAAGCUCGGCUCCAAUAGCCCGAACUUUAGCCUCCCAGCUUGGGAUGGUAACGCAUCUGCGCUCGCCGUAACCAUCAAUAACAAGAAUACGCGUAGCGUUUUCUACGUCGGCACUGACAAGAAACUGUACCAAAUCAGCAACAGUGAUAGUAACAGCACAUGGAGCAUAGCCCCGCGCCCAGAUGACGAGGAUAAAUCUUGGCCCGUAGCCGAUGCGGCCGGUGCCCCGAUCGGCAUCGCAAGCGACACCGGGAGCCGCACCACGCGCUUGUACUACAUGAGCGGCGGCCAUAUGGUCGAGGUCAACGGCGACUACGGGAAGUGGCAGCCAGCCACCAUACUACCUAGCACCAACACAAGCCAGACUACUACAGCGCAGGCACCAGCGGCGACAACUACGUCGCCAUCAGAUGAAGAUAAUAAAGGUUUAAGUGACGGUGCAAAAGCAGGGAUCAGCGUUGGCGUAACACUAGGCAUUAUCGCGAUUGCAGGCACGCCAUUUGUAUUAUGGCUAUUACGCCGGCGACAGCGGAGAAUCGACGAGGCAGCUGCGGCAGCGAUGGCGGCGGUGAGAAGAGAUCAAUAUAAGCCGGAAAAUGGAUAUGCGGGACCAGGACCAGCAUACGGUCCUGAUGGAACGCAGGCUGGGGCUCAAACGGUGGUUGGUGCCGACGGGUACGUGUACGGUGCACUACAGACUUAUGCAGGAUACCCACAGGCUCAGCCGCUUCAACCUGGAUAUGGACAGCAGCAGCAGCAGCAGCCACAACAAGGGGUUGCUUAUCCACAGCAGAUGGGUUAUGCUAUUCCGCAACAGGCGGGGUUCACGCAAGAUGGAGGAUGGAUGUAUACUCCGCCGACCGGGGAUAAUGGAGCACACUACCAGCAACAGCAACAGCAACAACAUUACUACCAACAACAUCCACAGGAGAUGCCGGGGGAUACGAAACCCGUCGAGUUAAUGGGUGAAGGGCACUACAAAGAAGUGCCGUGAUCUAAAGUAAUCGAGUAAUGAGCUAGAUACAUACGUACUCAUAUAGAAAAUGGGGCAUUUCGAGAAAAAGGAAGGAGAUAUUUUACACUUUGGUUAUUCCGGGGGUUAUAUGUCGACACUUAAAAGCGGACUUUUGGCGCUAGGCGGAUAUGUCUAAGCAUUAGGUAAGCAAGCAAGCAGUACGAUAAAGAGGACUUGCUUGCGUCUAUUCUGUAUAUAUACGCUAUUGUAAUGUAUAUAAU